GUGGGCAGACCAGACACACAGUAUCUCUCAACUGUUGGUUUUAUACAGUGUGUUCACAUUAUGAAGUAUAUUACGGUCUCUUGAUAUUAUGACGUGACAUCAGCUGCAGCUUGUGUUUCAGACCAAGUGAAAGUGAAAGUGUAUCUUCACAGAUCUGCAGCUACAACAAGGGGAUCUGUACCGGUGGACGAUCAUGUAUUCACUCUCACACGUACUUUGUUACUUGUCUCUAUAUUCAGGAGUUCUAUCCCUGCAUCAGAUGAAAUGGCUGCCCUGUCAGUUCACUGAUGAAAAGGUGUUUUUGAAUGAACAUGGUCACACUGAGACUCAGCUCAAACAUAGACAGGUCAUGCUGCAGUUUGGCCAAAAAGGAGAUGAUCCAGUCAACCCACAUGCCGUCACUUUCCUGGUCAUAGGAUCUGAGUUGGGCCUGCGGGAUUAUGUGGAGGGAGUUGAGGCAGAUCUGUUGAACUGUGAGCUGCGUAGGUACAGUACAGAGGGAAUCUAUGUCCACUGGCCUGCCCAGGAAGCCAAGGACUACAACCGUUGGUUCAGCUGCACCCUCAAACACAGCAAGGGCCUGUUCACUGUCACUAGCUUCCUCAGACAUCCAUCUGACCAACCCCCCCCUGGACAGCAGGACUACCACAACUGGCCUGUCAUUGAGGAUGGGGAGAUACUCACAACAAUGGUUGCCCUGGUCAUGAAAACACAAUCUCCAUCAGUCAAAGCUACCCUAGGCUCCCAGCAAAAGCUUCACUGCCAGUUUGCUCUGGACCACAGGGAUUCAGAUGUCACUGUGGAGUGGAACUGGCAACAUCGUGACAAAAUAAUCCCAAUCUUCAGGCAUCCCCCCCGCUUGGGGCAUAACCAGGGGACUGGGGUUGAGUUGAAGAGCCUUGCCAAGGGGGAUGCUACCUAUAACCUCCCCUUCACCAAGAUGAGCUUUGAAGGGAGGUACAUUUGUUCAGUAUCAGUGAAUCCACUGUUCACCAGUCUGGAUAUAAAUCUGUAUGUCGAAGAGCCUCCCCGUGUCACUAUCAACGUCGGACCCAUCCUCCAACUGAAGGAGGGCGAGAAACAGAGGAUUUUCUGUGAUGCAGAGAAUUACUACCCUCUGGAUGUGGAUAUUGUUUGGCAUGAGAUAGACCCGGCAGCGGCAGGCCAGAGGGUUGGCGCUCCUCUGCCCAGGGUAGUCCAGAACAUUUUGGUGUCAAGCCACAAACACAACCAAGACAAGACCUUCUCUCUGUCAGCGUUCUUCUACCUCCAGGGUUCCCGCGGGAACUCUGGGAGAAAGUUUACAUGCGGCGUCUCCCACCAGUCCUUGCGGAUGCCCAUCAAAAAGAGCUUCAUCCUGCAUGUUGAAGAGCCAAGCAGCUGGUUUUCUGACCGCAAUGUUGGUGUCGUCAUGUUCGCGUUGGUGCUCCUCCUGUGUGUGAUGCUGUUUUACCUGCACUCAGCAAGAAGACAAUCAGUACAGAAAAAACCAUACUGAGAACAUCACUGGCCUGAACACGCAUCACAUGCAGAACCAGAGAAAAUGGAGUGACUGUCACUGUCCUCACUUCUUCAAAGGCUUGUUUGAGGGUUAAGACUUGGCUUUAAGGUUAGGGUUGUAACAAGGUUUAGGUUAAGGGGCUAGGGAAUGCAUUAUUUGAAUUAGUUUCCCCAAUAAGAUAGAAGUACAAACUUGUGUGUGUGUCUGUUGUUUGACGAGGUGAGUUUGGGUUUCUGUGAAACUCAAAGCUGCUUUGAUUUUCAUGGUAAACUUAUGAUGUAGAUUUGAAUCCUUGUGGGCGGCCGGAGCGACCGGAGACACUGGUUACUAUUUAAAGUAUAGAGUAGUUCCAUGGAGCUGUGUUUUCACAAGUUGGUCCUGUUUGUAUCAGGUACGUGCAUGAUGAUGCACAUGCACACAUGCAAGCACUUAGGCUAUAUGGCACAUGUUCCUGCUGUGGUUUUUCAAUACUCCACUAAAAGCAGUUAAUAAAAUAACUUCAACAAACAUGGACGGAGGCAACACUUAGUUUCAAAUGUUUUUAAAAAAUCGGCUUUGUGAAUGUUAUAUAUGGAUGUCAAUAAACUCAACAUGAUCUCAGGGAUACAUACACUGUGAAUGAAACUAGAACAUUAUUAUGUAGAAUAAAUUAAGUGAAAUUAUUUAUCUGGAGUGAACCUCAAAUGUCCUAGAACAUGCUCAUAUAUUGCUGAAUAUUGACAUUGACAUGAUCGUCAACCUAGAAAUAUAUUACACAUGGCAGACAUUGUAUAAAUGAUGCUAGAUUUAUAUUGAAAUUGUACAAAUUACUAAUGAAUUGAAGAACUGUAAUAAUCAUGUGGUUUGUGCUUUAUUUUGGCAACAUGUGUUAGAAUAAAUUCUUC